GGCGCGGUUGUGAGUCGGUUCCCGGAGCGGGGAAACCUCGGGCUAGGGGGAGUGCAGCGGCGGCGGUCGGGUUGAAGGUCCGAAGGGAGUGACUAGGGAACCCGGUGGGCUGCUUUCCUUCCGGUGCUUUUGAUUUUUCUUGCUUUUUGGUCUCGGCCGAGUGUCGCCCAUUGAGCAGAGAUCCCCUCGCAAAACCCGGAGCGACCCUCCCGUCAAUUGUUGGGCGCGGGAUCGCCGGGACCUUCGCGGUGCCCCGAGCGCGGACCGAGCGCGCGGGGCGCAAAGGCAAGGGGAGCGGAGCCGGUCGCGGGCGGGGGCCUGGAGCUUGCCUGCCUCCCUCGCUCGCCCCACCGGGUCCGCUCGCGCAGGGCGCGCGCGAUGAAGGCGGUGAGCCCGGUGCGCCCCUCGGGCCGUAAGGCGCCGUCGGGCUGCGGCGGCGGGGAGCUGGCGCUGCGCUGCCUGGCCGAGCACGGCCACAGCCUGGGCGGCUCCGCGGCCGCGGCGGCCGCGGCCGCGGCAGCGCGCUGCAAGGCGGCCGAGGCGGCGGCCGACGAGCCGGCGCUCUGCCUGCAGUGCGAUAUGAACGACUGCUACAGCCGCCUGCGGAGGCUGGUGCCCACCAUCCCGCCCAACAAGAAAGUGAGCAAAGUGGAGAUCCUCCAGCACGUUAUCGACUACAUCCUGGACCUGCAGCUGGCGCUGGAGACGCACCCGGCUCUGCUGAGGCAGCCGCCGCCGCCGGCGCCGCCGCACCACCCGGCCGGGACCUGUCCGGCCGCGCCGCCGCGGACCCCGCUCACGGCGCUCAACACCGACCCGGCCGGCGCGGUGAACAAGCAGGGCGACAGCAUUCUGUGCCGCUGAGCUUAGCUGUCCAGGUGUGCGGCCGCCUGAGCCCGAGCCAGGAGCACAAGAAAGGGAGGGGGAAGAGCAGAAGUUAGAGAAAAAGCCACCAGAGGAAAGGAAAAAAACAUCAGCAAAUCCUAGAAACGUUUCACUCGUCAUUCCAAGAGAGAGAGGGAAGAAAAAUAAAACUUUCAUCCUUUUUUUUUUGCACGUUCAUAAACAUUCUACAUACGUAUUCUCUUUCGUCUCAUUUAUAACCGCUGUGAAUUGUACAUUUCUGUGUUUUUUGGAGGUGCAGUUAAACUUUUAAGCUUAAGUGUGACAGGACUGAUAAAAGAUCAAGAGCAAAUCCGACUUUUAGAAACCUACUUUGUGACCAAGGAGCUCAAUUUUUGUUUUGAAGCUUUACUAAUAUACCAGAGCAUUGUAGAUAUUUUUUUUACAUCUAUUGUUUAAAAUAGAUGAUUAUAAGGGGGCAGGGAACUUUCUAUUCCCUGCAGGAAUGUUACAUAUUGUAUAGAUAACUGAGUGACAUUUCAUACCGUGUAUAUAUAGAGAUGUUCUAUAAGUGUGAGAAAGUAUAUGCUUUAAUAGACUACUGUAAUUAUAAGAUAUUUUUAAUUAAAUAUUUUUUGUAAAUAUUACGUGUGUGUUUUUUUUAAUCUAUGGGAAUAUUUCUUUUGGAAAAUUAUUUUCCAGCUCAGUUGAAGAGCUCUUGGUAUCUUGAAUGUCUUUUCUGUUUGGCCUGGCUUUUAAUUUGUUUUUGUUUUGCCCAGUGUCCUGUAGACUCGGAAGUAACAGUUAUAGCUAGUGGUCCUGCAUGACUGCAUGAGAUGUUUAAUCACAAAAUAAACUUGUUCUGAGUCCAUUCAAAUGUGUUUUCUUUAACCUAGAUGGAAAUCUUUGUAUUUGAAGCAUACAUGUUGAUAAAAUGCUUUUAUCAGUUUUUAAGUACAGGGUUUGAUAGUGUAAUAUAUAAAGAGUAAGUGUGUGUUUUUUGUUUUUUAACUGAGGUCAAAAUGGAUUCUGAAUGAUUUUGCUUACAGGAUGGGGAAAUGCUUGGAUCCUUACGAGUUUAGGAAAUCUGUUUUAAUCAAAGUGAAAAAAUGCUUAUCAUUCUUCAUUUUACACUAAAGCUUAAUGUCACUAAGUUUCAUGUCUGUACAGAUUAAAUCAUAGAAAUGAAAAAUGUUCUCUGCUUGCUACCAAAGGACAGACUCUUGGAAAUGAACACGUUUCUGCUUUCCUUCCUCCAAAGAAUAUUAAUAGGCAACAGUGGGAGAAAAAAAUUUGAAAGGCAUAAUGGCAAAUCCUUCAAGCAGGGGUAAAAGUCGAUCUUCAAACAUUAACUUUAAGUAGACCAAAAAUUCUGAUGACCGCAUCUAGAUUAUUUUUUUAUAAAAAUGAUUUUCACUAUAGCUAUGUUAGUUAACUGCUAAACUACUGUCCAAUUUCUUGUGAUGUGUAACUUUUACAUGUGAAUAUUAAAGUAGAUAUAUCUGUCUUGUACUGUGAUUUCUGGUCUCAUUUCUUCAAAACCUUACACUUAUUUUUAAGACUUUCUUUUCUCUUUAAGGAAGGUAGUGUUUUCUAGGUUAGAUAGGACUUUCAGGGCUUGUGAGCAUUAUGCAUUUAAUGUGAUCAGUACUCUACCCACCAGUUAGAUGGAAUUUUUAGAGUGAGAGAGAAUUAAGUAGGAUUUAAUUGGCUGCUUUGUAAAUAGUCAACUGUGUGUGUAACGUGGUCUGUUUGAUUUUUAAAAGGAAAGGAUUUGUUUUAGAUUAUACAAGAAUAAAAGUAUUAGAGACCCAAGGGACUUUUUAUGAGGUCAAAGUCAAAUAUUUAUAUGAAUAUGAAAUGUGGCUUCUCGUAGUCAGUUGAAGUGGCAAUAUCUCAACAGAAAUGAACAAAGUUAAUGCUAACAGUUUCCAAAAAAAUUGAAAGAUUUAAAAAGUCUGUUCCCUGUCUCCAGCGUGUCAUCCCCUCAGCUCUGACAUUUCACGGGUCUUAGGUAGUUUUAGAAUUUGAUGUGUUUGAUGUUGAGGCUUAUAAAGUCAGAGGACUGCUUGUUUAAAUGAGGUUUAUUUUUAUUUUUGAUAUUAUUCAUUCUUGUCACACGUUAAGAGGAAAACACAAAAGCCGUGCUCGAAUUCCAAACCUGAAGAAUUCUAACGAUUGCAUUCGUUGUUAUUAAGAAAGGGGACAAUCCCUCCUUUUUAUUUGGCAGUUUAAUUUCAGUAGGAAGCAAGUCACAUGUGCUGGGUUGGCUGGAGUUAGGCCUCUGUCAGGCCUGAGUACCAUAUCCCACCUAAAUCUAAGCACAGUUUAAACUUAUGCUGGGAGACUGGGUACCUCAAAAUAAAUAUUUUUGAUUUUUGAAGAUAGGUGUUGCUCCUUAAUUAAUUUCAUAUGUGGGCCAUGGAAAACCACUAAAAGGCAAGAAAAGUAUUAUGCAUGUUACAUUUGAGAGACUUGGCAUUUUCCCCUUGGCCACUCACACAGCACUGGAUGUCUCUAAAGAAACAAAGUCACUUUAUUUUUUUAAAAUUAUAUGCAGUGGUAUAAGAUAGUUCAUUCUAUUAAAUUUUGGCUGUGUCCUAACCAAGUAACCAGGUAACAAAAACAUUUUGAGUCAUUUUGUAGGUAGUUCUAAUUAUUCAGAUAUUUGGUUUAACAGAGAAAAAUAUCCUGACUUACCUCAUUUAAUUUGUUGUCUACUUUUCAUUGUAUAGGCACAACCAAAGAGUAAGAAUCAUUUAAAACCUACAAAGGAAAAAAAAAAGUCUCACCGUGGAUUGUGUUCUCCUGUGGUUUUAAAAUCCUGAACAUCUCAGACAUUUUAUGUUAAAGGAGGGAAAAGAAAAAACUUUUCAUUUUGAAGAACUAAUAUACUUUGAUAUUGUGUAAAUCUUAAGUUUAUUGUCAAGAUUUAACUGACUUUUUAGAACUUUAAAAAAUUUU